CACUCCCCACCCGCGGGGCUCUGCCCUCCCUCCCUCUCUCUCCCCCUCGGCUCGGCUGUAUUUGGAGCUCCCGGAAGCCGCCGGCGACUCUCCCCGGGAGCAGCGUGACUGACACCGGCUCCGCUUCGGGGGGGGAGGAGGGCGCGGGAGGAGGGUGCGAGUGGCCGGACUCGGAUUUGCGCCGCCGGGGACCCGACCUCGGGGCUCCCAGCAGAAUGGCAGAGAUGCAAGGACUGAUGGAGAGGCUGGAACGGGUGGUCGGCCGACUGGAGUCGCUGUCUGCAGAGUCACACCGGCCUCCUGGGGACUGUGAGGGACUUAAUGGUGUCAGUAGAGGUGUGGCACCCUCCGUGGAAGCCUUUGAUAAGCUGAUGAACAGCAUGGUGGCGGAGUUUUUACAGAAGAGUAGGAUCCUUGCUGGCGAUGUGGAGACUCACGCGGAAAUGGUGCAUAGUGCUUUCCAGGCCCAGCGGGCUUUCCUUCUGAUGGCCUCUCAGUACCAACAACCCCAAGAGAAUGAUGUCGCUGCGCUUCUGAAACCAAUCUCAGAAAAGAUCCAGGAAAUCCAAACUUUCAGAGAGAGAAACCGGGGGAGUAAAAUGUUUAAUCAUCUCUCGGCCGUCAGCGAAAGCAUCCCUGCCCUUGGGUGGAUAGCUGUGUCCCCCAAACCCGGUCCUUAUGUCAAGGAGAUGAAUGAGGCUGCCACCUUUUACACUAACAGAGUCUUAAAGGACUACAAACACAGCGAUUUACGCCAUGUGGAUUGGGUGAAGUCCUAUUUGAACAUUUGGAGUGCUCUGCAAGCAUACAUCAAGGAACACCAUACCACCGGCCUGACUUGGAGCAAAACUGGGCCAGUAGCAUCAACCGCAUCAGCAUCGUCUGUCCUGUCCCCUGGGCCUGGCCUUCCUCCGCCCCCUCCCCCACCCCCUCCUCCAGGGCCACCUCCACUUUUUGAGAAUGAAGACAGAAGAGAGGAGCCCUCCCUUUCACGCUCAGCUCUAUUUGCCCAACUUAACCAAGGGGAAGGAAUUACAAAAGGGCUCCGGCACGUCACAGAUGACCAGAAGACAUACAAGAAUCCCAGCCUACGGACUCAAGGAGGACAAACUCCAUCUCCUACCAAAAGCCUCUCUCCAGGCUCCAGGGCCCCCCCGUCUCAUCCUCCUCAGAAACAUGCUCCCGUGUUCGAGUUGGAAGGAAAGAAAUGGAGAGUCGAAUAUCAAGAGGACAGGCAUGACCUUGUGAUUUCGGAGACCGAACUGAAACAAGUGGCUUACAUUUUCAGCUGCAACAAGUCCACUCUACAGAUGAAAGGAAAAAUAAAUUCCAUUACAGUCGACAACUGUAAGAAGUUUGGCCUUGUGUUUGACAACGUGGUAGGCAUUGUGGAAGUGAUCAAUUCCAAGGAUAUUCAAAUGCAGGUCAUGGGGAAAGUGCCAACGAUUUCCAUUAAUAAGACGGAAGGUUGCCACAUCUACCUCAGUGAAGAUGCACUGGACUGUGAGAUCGUGAGUGCCAAAUCAUCUGAAAUGAAUGUCCUGAUUCCUCAGGAUGGUGAUUAUAGAGAAUUUCCUGUUCCAGAACAGUUCAAGACAGCCUGGGAUGGAUCCAAGUUGGUCACGGAACCUGCAGAAAUUAUGGGCUAACCUCCAGAGAGACUGAGCCCCCUGACCUGAACCCAUCAAAAAAAGAAACAAAAGCAAAACAAAAAAAAACAAAAAAACAAGCAGCAUUGAAGACCUAGAAGUCGCAGGAACACCUACUGCUUUAGUUUUGGCUUCCAGCAGUUCUGUGUUCUAGAAACAGCACCAUUUCUGGCAUGCCUUCGUGGGCAUUUUGAAGUAUUUAACGUUUCUUCAUGAUUUGCCUUUGUGUGUAAUUUGAGUUCCACAUGAUGACUAGUGAGCAUUACACAUUUUAAGGGGGAGGGGAGAAUUCUGUCCCCCUAAUAUCAUGAACACAGUAGCUGAUAGGUAAAAAUACUGCAUGAUUCAAUUUGACACUUCGGUUUAAUUGCUAGUUGGAAAAUAAAACCUUUGAGAAUCUAAGAUGUACAUUUUUACCCUUGAGACAGUUUCAGUGUGAUGCAGUAGUAAUAUGCUCUGAAAAGUUUUGACCUUUUUUCCCUCGUUUUUACCAAAUGUUCACCUUUGUCAGCGUGGAUACAUUGUCAGCAUGAUACAUAUUUCAAGGCACUUUUUUUUUUUUUUUACAAAACGUAAGAAAAUUCCAUCCUAAAGACCAUUAUCCAGUUUCUUGGUCCUUAGAAGACUUGUAUUCUUUACAGUUACUAAAACUUAAAACUAAAAGUCAUUUCUAAUUUUUCUUAAAAUAUUCCUCUGCCAUUGUCAAAUGGGAAACUUUUACUUUUCUGCAGAAAGUUUUUUUUUUUUAUGCCAAACGAUUGGUGGGAGGAGGCAGACAGAUUACCUCACAAUUUUGCUCAAAGAUCAAGCUCAUAAAUUUUUUUUGUUUCCCAGUGUUGAACCUGUUGAAUGAA